UUUACUGAAGCAGAUACUCAAGAACAAAAUGAAAAACAUUUUAUUUGUGAUUGGAUUUAUUGGUGCUGCUGCAUCAGCUUACGUUACACCAGAAGGUUUUAGUGGUCCAGCCCUUGGAGGGUACAGUGCACCCAUCGUUAAGGGUUUCAAACCCAAGACUAUUGGUGGCCAUCUUCCUAUCGGUGCUCCAGUUGCACCCAUUGUAAAACCAUUCCAACCUAAAAUUAUCGGAGGAUAUCAACCCCAUGCUGACGUUGGUUAUGGCGGUCCAUUCGCGAGAGGACCCAUUGUUAAGACUUUCCAACCAAAAUUAAUUGGCGAUUAUCCAUCCCAGGCUGUACCUUUGUCUGUCAAAGCUCCAGUUGUAGUCGCUCCCUUCGCCAAGGUCGUAAAGGUUAAGAAAUUCCCCACAAAGAUUCUCAGUGGUUAUGGUGGUUAUGAAGGUCCUUCUGUGGAUAAAUUUCAACCAAAAUUAGUUGGAGGUUACCAAGACCCAUUGUCCUUGGGGGCUCCAAUUGACUACUCUGGUAAAAGCUUUGGAGGUGGCGCAGGUUUUGGAUACAAGGAACUUCAAGGCGGAUUUUCUGGAGAAGGCUCCGGUUAUGACUCGUGGAAGAAGAAGAAAAUAUUUGCCUAUUAAUUUGUAAUAUGUGGCUAUGAAUGUAUGAA